AUGUCGACGGCCGCGGGGCUGAAGCUGGACCCGGCCGACCCGGCCGUGCGCCGCCUGGUGUACAACGCGUACCGAGGGCUGCUACGCCAGUCCAGUCAGCUGUCCGGAGACGGCUCCCCCAGCCCCGGCGCCGUUCCUGCUGCGCACCCGCGCCGCCGCCGCCGCCGCCCUUCCCGAGCGCCGCCCCUGCCUCUGCCCCCGCCCCGCCCGGGCGGGCCGCCAGCUCCGCCGCCGCCGCCACCCCCUGGCCCCGGCCGCGUGCCGGCCGUGCGCCUCAACACUGAGAUCCCGGACAACCGCGGCCCGCGGGAGCCGCCCGCCGCCAUCCAGAACGCUAUGAUGACCAAGGACAAGAAGCCCUUCACGUAUACGCCCGGCGGCCUCGACCUGUCGCAGAUCCGCAGCCCGCGCAUGCAGCGCCGCAUCGUACGCAACGCCGCCAACGAGGGCGUGGGCGAGGCGCCGGCCCCGAAGCCGUCCCCGCUGGCCCAGAGCGGCGCGCCGCUGCCGCCGUCGGCGCUGGCCGCCAUGCAGCCGGCGCUGCCCGUGGCCGUGUUCCACGCCGCGGGCGCGCCGGCCCCCAGCCACCACGACGCCGGCGCACGGCCCCGCAGCAGCCCGGCGCCGCCGCGCCGAGCCGCCCGGCCGCCUUCGCCGGCCGCGCGCCCCCGGGCCCCGCAGCAGCAGCAGGCGCGCUCCCCGCCCGCCGCGCCGCCCGCGCCGCCGCCAGCGCCCCCGCCCCGCGCCCGCCCCGCCCGCAGCCCGCCGCGGCGGCCGCGGCCGCCGCAACGAAGCCGGCAGCAUCUACGUGCCGCCCGUGGCGCCGCCCGCCGAGCGCCGCUCGCAAGUGGGCUCGCUCUACAUCCCGCCCGUCACGCAUACAACAUAAUGUUAUCCCAAAUAAUUUCACAUAAAUUAAAUAACUAUGCAAAGAAUAUGAACAAAAAAAUUUUAAACAGUGGUUUAUUAGUUUUAUGUUUGAUAAUAUCAUUUUCAAUUUUUAUAAAUAGUAUAGUC